GCGGAAGCGCGGCUGCCUGCGGAGACCCUGGUGGCGGCGGAGGAGAGCGGAGAGAACGUCGGUGGCGGAGGACGGCCCAGCAUCAUGGCGGCGGCUCCGCCCGGGCCUGACCCGGCGCUGAGGGCACCCGACAAUCCGCAGCGUCUUCCUCCUGUGGCCGCCCCUGAACUCCACUGAGCCAUGGGGGAGAACAGCCCACGGAAUGUCAUCUACUACGAGGUGGGGGAAGAUGACUUGGCUCGAGAUGACAAACUGAUCAGAUUCGAUGACCAGAAUGGCCUGGCCUCCCCUUCCUCCCGGACAGUCUAUGACAGGACCACCGUCCUCAUUGAGCAAGACCAGGAGCCGUUGGAAGAAGAGGAGGAGGAGGAGGAGGAAGAGGAGGAGGAAGAGGAAGGGCAAGGCCGGCAUCUUCUGCCUUUCUUACAGGAGGAUAGAUUCCACUUGAUGGCCGAUCACGAAGGCAUCUCCCAGGGCUACGUGCAGCACAUUAUUUCGCCGGAUCAGAUCCAUUUGACUAUCAAUCCUGGCUCAACUCCCAUGCCCCGGAACAUCGAGGGGGCCACCCUCACUUUGCAGUCAGAGUGCCCUGAAACCAAGGUUAAAGAAGUGAAGCGCUACCAGUGCACAUUUGAGGGCUGCCCUCGUACCUACAGCACUGCAGGCAACCUGCGCACCCACCAAAAGACCCACCGUGGGGAGUACACCUUUGUGUGCAAUCAGGAGGGGUGUGGGAAGGCCUUUCUGACAUCCUACAGCCUGAAAAUCCAUGUCCGGGUGCACACCAAGGAGAAGCCCUUUGAGUGUGAUGUUCAAGGUUGUGAAAAAGCCUUCAAUACACUGUACAGGUUAAAAGCCCAUCAGAGGCUUCAUACGGGGAAAACAUUUAACUGUGAGUCAGAAGGUUGCAGCAAGUACUUUACAACCCUCAGUGAUCUGCGGAAACACAUUCGGACUCACACUGGAGAGAAGCCAUUCAGGUGCGACCAUGAUGGCUGUGGGAAAGCCUUUGCUGUUAGCCAUCAUCUGAAGACACAUGUCAGGACACACACUGGUGAGAGACCUUUCUUUUGUCCCAGCAAUGGGUGUGAAAAGGCCUUUAGCACACAGUAUAGCCUCAAAAGUCACAUGAAAGGACAUGAAAAAGGAUCCUCAUACACUUUGUUCUCCAACAACAACCUCUCUGAGGAUACAAACCACUCACUCUGCCUGAGCGACUUAAGCCUUAUGUCCACAGAUUCAGAACUGCGGGAUAAUUCAGAUCCAACACAUAGACAAGACCUGAGUACAAUCUCACCAGCAAGCAUCUUCGAGUCGAUGUUCCAGAGCCCGGAGCCUCCUCCAAAUCAGGAAGACUCUCAGCACACAGAUGCCUUGAUGGGAGAUUUUGAUGGCGAUACCCAGCUAGCUCCACCAGCCCAGCCAGCAUCAGGAGAGUCUGCGCCCUUAUCUCUGCCGCUUGUUCUCCAGCUUGGCAUUUCUGAGCCUUCCCUCCAAGCACUGCCUCCUGCAUCCACGGGUGCUCAGCCAGCAGCAUACAGCACCCCUGCCAGUCUCCUGCAGCCUCCAGAAGUGCCUCCUUCUAACAGUACACUUUUGGCAGCCAAUCCCCAGGGCUUCCUGCACCACCUUCAGAGCUCUGCACAGCCCACUGGAGCUGGGCUUCCUGGAGUCUCAGAGGUCACCUCUGGACCCGCAGCUGCAGGUGCCCCUGAAGUCCUGCCCAGCGGAGUUCAGACUGUGCCCGUGGGAGGGGGCCCUGCGCUGCCCAGCAAUCCCAGGGUUACCGUCGCCCCCUCACAAAACCCAGCCAUUUUUCAGUCCAGCAUCAUUAUGGGAGAACAAAACCUCCAGUGGAUUUUAAAUGGUGCCACUGGGACACUGCAGAACCAGGAACAAAUGCCACAGCCUCCUGUUGUAGAGAAGGUCUUCUUCACAACUGCUCUCCCUGUGACUGGUGGUGCAGGGAAUCCGGUGCAGCAGAUUGGCCUGAGCGUGCCUGUGAUCAUCAUCAAGCAGGAAGAGGUGUGCCAAUGCCAGUGCGCCUGCCGAGACACAAGCAAGGAGAAAGCCGGCAGCAAAGACUGUGCCUCCCUCUUCUCGAAGACCUCGGGGAAUCCCCCGGCACUAGGGCCACAGGACUUCCCCAGGACGGUGGCCAGUACGUCCACUGCUACUGCUACUUGUUCAUCUGUGUUGCCUCCUGCUGGCCAGCAGAGCCACCCGCCUGGGUCCCAGAACCAGUCCCUAAGUGCCAUGGAGGCCUCCCGCUUUCUUUCUCUCCAGAGCCUGGAGAUGGCCUCUACUCUCGUUCCCCUUGAACCUCUCUUACAAGGGGAAGAAGGACUUGCCUUGGGCAGCAACUUCCCUUAGGGAAGCCCUGGAAAGCAGCAGCAGAGAUGGGUCAGGGCCAGCUGCCCCGGAACGUGUCAUGGGAUCCCUUUCUCCCAAGAGGAGAUGCAGCCAUGGCGGCUCUGCCUGGUUUGUCACUUUGGCUCAUAGCAAUGUGAGCGUAGGAAUUGGUCACUUUGGAAGGAGGGGUGGGCAGGGCGGGGGCUGCACCUUGCUUUCAGGAGGGUGGAACGGAGUGCUUCUAGGCCUGGGGGUGAUUCAGGGUAGGGACCCUGUAAGCAGGGAGGGGAAAGAAGUCAAUGUUUGUGUGAAAACAGGGAGACGGGGGUGGGGGGUGGGGUGGGACCUCUCCUAGCAGCAGCAGAAGCAGAGAGGCGUGGAGAUGCCCUCCCCAUGGCCUCCUCUGUCUGCUAGCUGUAGAAGGCAAAGGGUGCGCAUCACGAUCAGACUUUGCACAUGAGUAAAAGGGCUGCUGGCUCUUUCAUCUUACCUUUCUGCCCUUCUUGGCAACCAAGUGCACUGCAUGGGUGUUUACAUGAAUUCAGGGGCUAAAAGGAUUUGCACUGUUCAGCUUUAUCAGAAUGACUCUCUCAGCAUGGAGCAGCUCUUGCUAGAAAACGUUCCUCUUAGAUUGGCUGACUCUAGGGGGUUCAGAGAAGUGCUCAGGGGUCUCAGCGUUGGUCCAGUGGAGACUGAGGAGCAAUCCAGCUCUUGGUCUGGCAAAGCAGACUGUCCUUCCUUCAGCAGACUAUUGGGGUGCAGUGAGACAGCCUACCUGCCCCAUCGGGGAAGGACGCCUUUUCUCUCUUAACUUACUCAGGGUAAAAUCCCAGCAUAGAAUGCCUGGACGGUUUUGGGAAGUCUCCUUUCUAAAGUUUUGUACAUGUUUUUAUUUUGUCACAUCCACUGUGUUUGGUUUUUCUAGUAAUCCUCUUUUGUUCCCAGGACAAAUGCCCAUUGCUCAGAAUGCCCCUCCAAGAGCUUUUCUCAAGCUGAGAGGCAGGCAGGGUGGUCACAAAGCAGAGGUGGAAGAAGCAGGGUCAUUGCCACCGUGACGUGGCUGUGGAGUGGAGGCGACUGCAAGGCCUUGCAAGGCACCUUGCAGGUUCCAGUGCUGCUUUUGCAGCGGGACAAGCCGGUUGGUUGCUGUUCCUCUGCGACUGUCUGCAGUCCAUGGGCAUUUCUGAUGCUCCACUCCCUCCUAAGCUAAACACAGACGAGAGCCUCCUGGACCUUGCCCUUGCCUGUGAGGCUUGUGUAGUUACGGUGCUUCUUGUUAACUUUGGAGAGCUACUCUACUGUCAGUUGGGGUGGGGCUUAGACUAGCAUGUCCCUGUGUGGAUUUUGAUCACGUGUUAUAAGAGCGUUCCCUUUGCUUGAUGCUGCCUGUUGGAAAGGUUGCCCCCACCUCCUGCCCCCUCGUGACUUUGGGAGCCAGCUGAGCCUGUGGGCUGCUUAUGGGCUGAGGGUUGAGUAACUUAAUUGUACCAAGACUCCAGGGAGUAAAGAGUCCCAGUGGACUUCAUCUCAGCUGUGUAUUGAGGGUGGGAGCAAGUUAUUAGAGCAGGGCAAGUAGUCAGUUUCUGGGAUAUGGACUUCAACUCUCAGACUUCUCAGCAGUGGUUAUACAGGCUGGGGAAUUCUGAAAUUGUAGUUCAUGAACAUGGAAAUGACUAAGUUUUAGAAAAACCUGCUCUGGAGUCUAGUGUUUUCUGGCAGUUGCGUCUGCUAUUUAAGUUUAGGGAAGGAAUAUAGUUCACUGGGGCUGAUCUAGUUACACUUGCUGGCCUCUAAAAUGCACUUUAGUUCUCUUUCAGCUGACGGCUGCAAUGUCAUUUGUAAAUAACUGUUCACAGUCCUUGGGUAUUUCCCUCCUUUUUGUUCUGAGUAAAAAAGUAUGUGAUGUGCAAAAAAAAAAGUACUUAACUUCAGUGCAAUACAUUUAACUAGAAGUGUCCACAUGCACUCUGUGAGUGUGGUUAUAUGUCUGUAUAUGUGCGUGCAUGCGCACAAGUGUGUUUAUGUGGGAUCGAUGGAAGGGGCGCAAAACCAUCACCCUGCCCUUUUCUGACUUACGCAUCUUUAAGCAAAUGUCCAGUCUAUGCAAAACCUCCAUUAGUAGCCUGAGCUGAACGGACUUGGUAAGAUAAGAAUCUCUCCAGUUUUUGUCACUGCUUGGAGACCUUCUCAGCUCUGUCCUGCUCCUCAUAAGGGAGGGAACAGGCUGCUCUUCGCUGGUCAUGAAGCUGUUCUGAAGACGGUGCCCUGCUGCCACCUGCCUGCCUUAUUUCCAAGACGUUCCAAAAUUUCAAGGUACCACCAAGAGACAGGUUAAUCUUGGAAGAGAUGGCAGUAACAUUGGUGAGUUCUUAUCUAUUAAAGCACAGGAAAUCUUGUUUGGAGCCUCUAUUGGACCAGGAUGUAAAUGCUACUCUCCUAUCAUAUCCUUUGCGUUCGCUUCAAGUCUAAAAAUAGCAUCUUCUGUUUUUAGCCAAUAUUUCCUGCUAGUGAGGGCUGGUUUUUCAACUUCUGCAUUGUUUAUUGUUUCUGAGCUUUGGAGUCUGUUCUGCACUGAAAAAUGCCAAGGAAACUGGAUAUUUUUAUGUAUGGUGUGUCUGUGUGUUUGUGAAAAUGGGUGGAAAUGGUAUGUUAUCCACACUGUGUUUUCAAUAGUGUGCACGCCGGCCAAACCCAGUUUCUAUGCAGUGGACACUUUCAAGUAAAUGCAUUAUAUUUUCCUUAUCACUUGGGUGUUUUAGUUUUUCUUCCCACAUACAGUCUUCACUAGUAAAGUCCAGGGAAGAAUGAUUAUUGUUGUUGUUCUUAUUUUGAAAUAUGUUAUUUGAAGUUUUUUCUUUUGUUUUGCAGUGUUAUUUCUUUCCAAAUACUAAGAUACUGGCUUAGAUGAUGUGGGCAAAAGACAAAGUACGUUUUAUCUAGCCAGUGUCAGGAUUUAGGAGUGGAGCUAGAUGUGGGACUCUACUGAAUAUCAGAAAACAGUCUAAGCCUCUCUUCCGAUUUUGGAUUAGUCCAAAUUAGGAUUAAGGCAUACCAGGAAAUAGGUAUCUCCCAUUGUUCCAACCAUGAAAGUUUCAGAUGCACCUUUUCCUGUCGGGGAGAAAAACAUCAACUUGUGCAAGUUGGGGGGAGAGAAAACCCUUUAGUUGAAGAGAAGUGAUUUCCUUCCUUUUUUCCAGCAGGCACUUUCCCACAAAGAACGAUUGAUUGCUUCCUAGAGUAAGGAGCCUGGAGACUCCAAAGGUUCUCAGAUAAUUUUUGAAAGUGCCUUCCUGAGUCCCCUUCACUUUUGGACUGUGAUCUAAAUCUUCAUGAUCAGACUCUGGCUGGGUUUCAUGGAAGGUUAGCCAGUUUAUGAAAGGCUUAACCACUGCAAUGCACAACUGCUACAGUUUGGUUAGUCUUCGGUUGGUAAUUGAUCAACCCAUUGUGUUAACUCAUGAUUUGAGGUGGUCUGUGAAUUGGGUGAAUUGAAAGAUCAGGUUAUGCAUGUUGUGGGAACCCUGCCUCAGUGUUGCUAUGGCUAAACUCCACAACCUCGGAGGACACGAUGGGGAGAAUUUGAAGUAACCUGUUUCUCUCAGGAGUACCUAUAUUAUGUUUAAGCACAUUUAGUUUAACUAUGAAACCUGGGAUCAAAUAUCUGUGCAUUGAGUGAUGUGAAGAUGCUCACUAUAGGUACAGUACUUCCAAAGGAAGAGCUUUCCAAAACACCAGAAGAAUAAACAAAGUUGUAUUUUUGAAGAAUGUAAAAUGUGAAAUAGGGUUUGCUACCUGCUCCAGUUUGUAUAAAAUUAAUAUUGUACUUUGAAAUAUCUGCAAGGAAUUAGAAAAUAAUUUUUUAAUUGAAGGCAAUAUUAGUAGCAAUUAAAUAUUAAAUGCUUAUUUAAA